CAAAGCCCUAAACCUCUCCGUAUUAUCUCUCUCUCUCUCUCUCUCUCUCUCCUUCAUGGGAUGAUCCAUCCUCUUCAAAAAAAACGCCGUUACUGCACCAGCCGUUAAGUCACGUGCCUUCCCACGCCCCCAGCUCAAACCCUAUGGCGUUAGAGCGAGAGCGGCUGAGCCUGACUCCGUCCGCCGUCGACGGCGGCGCUGACGUCGUCUCCAACGGCGUCGACCUUCCGCCUCCGCCCCUCGACUGCGGCGACGACGGAAGCAGGGCCCCGAGGCUCCCGCGCUGGACGCGCCAGGAGAUUCUCGUCCUCAUACAGGGCAAGAAGGUCGCCGAGAACCGGGUCCGGCGGGGCCGGACUGCCGGUCUUGCAUUCGGAACGGGCCAGGUGGAACCCAAGUGGGCGUCGGUGUCGUCGUACUGCAAAAGGCACGGCGUGAACCGGGGACCCGUCCAGUGCCGGAAAAGAUGGAGCAAUUUGGCCGGAGAUUUCAAGAAGAUCAAGGAGUGGGAGUCGCAGAUACAGGACGAGGGCGAAUCGUUCUGGGUCAUGAGGAACGAUUUGAGGAGGGAGAGGAAAUUGCCGGGGUUCUUUGAUAGGGAGGUUUAUGAUGUUUUGGAGGGCGGGACGGUACAGCCGCCGGCGCUGGCGUUGGCUCUGGCUGCGCCGGUUCCGGCUGCGGAGGAGGAGGAGAAGGAGGGGAACGGAGCGGAAGAAGCGGAAGCCGAGGCAAUUUUUGACAGCGGGCGAAGCGCGGCUGCCGACGACGGCUUAUUUUCGGAUUUCGAGGCUGCGGGGCAGGAGGCGGGUGGGAGUCCGGAGAAAGAAGUAGUUCCACCGCCGGCGACGGCGGUGCCGGCGCCAAUUCCAAUCUCAGAGCAGCAGUACCAACCAUACCCUCAAGGGUUUUCGGGUCAAGGUACGACAAAUGAGAAACAGCCAACUGCAAAUCCCAGGGUAGAUUCGACUUCUCAGGAUGGUCGGAAACGGAAACGGGUUUCGACAGAUGGAGAUUCGGGAACAACCAGUGUGCAAGAGCAGUUGGUUGAAGUUUUGGAAAGAAAUGGAAGAAUGCUGAGCGCACAGCUUGAAGCUCAAAACACCCAUUUCGAGUUGGAUAGGGAACAGAGGAAAGGGCAUGCUGAUAGUUUAGUUGCUGUCCUUAAUAAGCUUGCAGAUGCUUUAGGAAGAAUUGCUGAUAAGUUAUAGCAAAGGCCCAUCAGAAUACAUAGAGUGUACAUAGCAAAAAUCUGCUCCAUGGAUUGUAGGGGAGGCUCGAGGAUGGAUUUGGCUGAUUAAAUUGAUAUUUUAUCUUAGGAUCACAUUCAAGGUGGAUCUUACAUCUGCUUUUUCUUUUAUUUUUUAUUUUAUUUUAUUUAUUUUCUCUUUUAUUUGCCUCUUUUCUUUUUUUUUGGCUUAUUGCCAGUAUAGGGUUCAUACACAGAUAAUAAGGUAUAGAAAUUUGAAAGGGUUACCAUUACUUAUGCUUUUUUAUUCUGACAUAAUUCAAGCUCAUAUAAGUCUUCUUUCCUUCUCUAAAUGUUCCUA